AUGGCGAAAUGCGGAGCGUGCGGUCCCGGGUACAAAACUCCCCUGGAGGCGAUGAAAGGUCCCAGGGAAGAGAUUGUGUACCUGCCCUGUAUCUACAGGACCACUGGAAUCCAGAAGCCGGACUACUUAGCCACGGUUGACGUGGACCCCAAGUCUCCAACCUACUGCCAGGUCAUCCAUCGCUUGCCUAUGCCCAACGUCAACGAUGAGCUCCAUCACACCGGGUGGAACGCCUGCAGCAGUUGCUUCGGGGACACCACCAAGAAGCGGAACCGACUCAUCCUCCCCUGCCUGAUCUCUUCCCGGAUCUAUGUGGUGGACACGGGCACCGACCUGCGAGCUCCCAGGCUCCAUAAGGUAAUCGAGCCCGUGGAUUUAUACUGGAACUGCAACCUGGCCAAUCCACACACCAGUCAUUGCUUGGGCAGUGGCGAAAUCAUGAUCAGCGCCAUGGGAGACCCUUCAGGCAACGGGAAAGGUGGCUUUGUCCUGUUGGACGGGGAGACCUUCGAGGUCAAGGGCAACUGGGAAAAAGGCCCCCAGGUUCCCCCGCUCGGCUACGACUUCUGGUACCAGCCAAGACACAACGUCCUGAUGAGCACCGAAUGGGGAGUGCCCAAACGCCUGGCACAUGGGUUUAAUCCGGCCGACUUGGAGAAAGGCUGCUACGGUGGUAAAAUUCAUGUGUGGGACUGGACCACCCAUGAGCUCAUCCAGUCCGUCGAUGUGGGGAAGAACUCCAUCCCACUCGAAAUCCGCUUCCUCCACGAUCCGGAUGCUUCGCAUGGGUUCGUCGGCUGCGCCCUCAGCAGCGCGGUCCAUCGUUUCUACAAGACUGAGAAUGGGACGUGGGCAGCAGAGAAGGUGAUCGAGGUGCCCAAGAAGAAGGUGAAAGGGUGGCUUCUUGAUGACAUGCCAGGUCUCAUCACGGACAUCCUGAUAUCCCUGGACGACAAGUACUUAUAUUUCAGCAACUGGCUCCAUGGAGACAUUCGGCAGUAUGAUAUCAGCAACCCCCGGAAGCCCAAACUGGUCGGCCAGGUUUUUGUGGGAGGCAGCAUCGCAAAAGGAGGGCCGGUCACCGUGAUUCAGGACCAGGAGCUGGAUUGCCAGCCCGACCCCUUUGUGAUCCAGGGAAAGCGGAUUAAAGGCGGUCCGCAAAUGAUCCAGCUAAGCCUGGACGGCCAGCGGCUGUACGUGUCCACCUCCCUUUUCAGCGGCUGGGACAAGCAGUUCUACCCCGAAAUGGUCAAGGAAGGUUCUGUCAUGUUGCAAGUCGACGUGGACACGGAGAAAGGCGGCUUGAAAGUGAACGAGAAGUUCCUCGUGGAUUUCGGGAAGGAGCCGCACGGGCCAGCCCUCGCCCACGAGAUCCGCUACCCGGGUGGAGACACAACCUCUGACAUCUGGAUCUAAACGAAGGCCU